AUGAUAAACACAAUAAAAUCAUCAACUAUUGUUGAACAUGGUCAACAAAAAGCAAAACCAGCUCGUGUUUUUCUAAAAAAAUUUCUUAAUGAUUGGUCAUUGAAUUUUGCAUCAAUGCUUGCAUAUCAUUUAUUAAUUUCUCUUCUUCCCAUGGCUGUAGCAUUAUUUGGAAUAUUAGGUUUAGUUUUAAGAAAUAAUCCUGAUGCACAACAAGAAAUUAAAGAUAAAAUCAUUAGUUCAUUUUCAAUCGAGAAUACUACAAAUAACGGUAUCAAACAAGUAGUGGAUUUGGCUUUUAAUCAAUUGUCAAAAGAAGCUGGUAUAAUUUUCGCUAUUGGUUUAAUAUUUGCAUUGUUUGGUUCAUCUCGAUUAUUUGUUACUAUUGAUAAAUGUAUGACUAUUAUAUAUCGAGUACCACAACGAACAUUUAUUCAUGAAAAUGUGUUAGCUUUUGCAGCAGUUUUUGUUUUCAUUAUAAUUAUUCCACUAAUGCUUGCAUUUAGUUCUGCUCCAUCUAUAUUGAUGAGUAUAAUACUAGGUAAUGGUAGUCGUUUUGGAACAUUUGUUGCUGGAAUUAUAUUUUCAUUACUUUUCGCAUUUAUUUUACUUGAACUUAUAUAUUUAUAUAUUCCAAAUAGAACAAUGUCAUUUAAAGCUACAUGGUGUGGAGCAUUAAUUGCUGCUUCUACACUUGAAAUAUUUAUCAUUUUAUUUCCAUUGUAUGUACGAGCAUUUAUGGGAAAUUAUACAGGUCAACUUGGUUUUAUUGUUAUUCUUCUUCUAUUUUUUUACUAUUUUGCUAUAAUAAUCAUUUUGGGUGCUCAAAUAAAUGCUUUCUUUUUUGACAAUUAUCAACCUUUACUUGAUGGAUUAGGAACAUAUUUAAGUGAAAUGCACACAGAAUAUGGUGUUGACCAUCCAAAAAGACCAUUAUGUGAAGAAAAUACUGAAACAAGAUCAUACAGCAGUUGA